AUGCAGAUUCUCAAGUUCGGCCUGGUGCCCCUGCUGGCUGCCCUCCCUGGCGCCCUUGCCUGUAACGGCUACACCGGUGGUGUCCCCAAGGCCACCGGCACCGACGCUGUCUUCUACAUCCAGGCCGGCGGUACCCUAAAGAACGCCAUUAUUGGCAAGAAUCAGGCCGAGGGUGUCCACUGCAACGGACACUGCACUCUCGAGUUCGUCUGGUUCGAGGAUGUUUGCGAGGACGCCAUAUCUAUCAAGAAUGACAAGGCUGGCACUCAGUCCUGGAUUAUCGGUGGCGGUGCCUACCAUGCCUCCGAUAAGGUCAUCCAGCACAAUGGCUGCGGAACCGUCAACGUGAUCAACUACUACGUUGAAGACUAUGGAAAGCUCUACCGCUCUUGCGGCAACUGCAAGUCUCAAUGCAAGCGUAACGUCUACAUGGAGGGUGUCACCGCCAAGAAAGGUGGUGAGCUCGCCGGAAUCAACCUCACUUUCAAGGACACUGCCACCCUCAAGAACGUCUGCGCCGACGCCAAGACCAAAUGUCAGAUGUACAACGGCUGCGCUGGUGGUUGUGAGCCCUCCAAGGCCGGUACCUGCUCUGGCUAA